AUGCGGACGUUGCUGCUCGCCUGCCUCGCCUCUGGCUCAGGCCGCGCCGUCAGGCUUCCCUCGAGCGGCCUGAUCGUCCUCGGUGGCAGCGGCGGCCCGCCACCGGCAGCGGCGGCGGCGGUCGCGGACGGGCGGGAGCUCCGCAAGCAGCUGAGCGCGCUGCGGGCGAGUUCCGACUGGGACGGCGCGCACGGCCUGCUGUGGUGGGCGCUUCGCGAGGCUCCCUCAUCGGCGGAGACGAUCCACUGCAACGUGGUCCUCGCCGCCCUCUCGGACGCCGCCGAGUGGGAGCGCGCGCUGGUGCUGCUCGAGCACAUGCGCGCCGCCGGCCUUCCGCGCGAUGGCUACUCCUUCUCCUCGGCCAUCUGCGCGUGCGCGCGGGCCGGCCAGCCGGAGGCGGCGGUCGAGACGUUCAAGGCCAUGUGCGCCGACGACUCCGUCGAGCCCUCCUCCGUCGCCUUCAACACCGCGCUCUCCGCAGCGCAGCGCGCCUCUGACCCCGUCCGUGCCGCCGAGAUGGUGCUCGCCAUCUACACGCUCGAGACGCUCUCGCUGCAGCCCGACGCGUGGGCCUCGGCGGCGGCGCUCCGCGCCCUCACCCGCCUCGGCCAGCGGGCCCGCGCCCUCGAGCUCUAUGCCUCGCUAAGACCCGAGCAGGAAGCACAACCUCCCGCCGCCCUCCUCCCCACCGCCCCGCCUCUGCCACGCCCUCCUCCCCACCGUCUCCCCCCACACCGUCGCCGCCGCCCUCGCCGCCGCGGGGCACGCCGCGACCCGACCGCUCUUGUCCGGAUGUAAGAGCCCGC